AUGGCAUCACUGGAAUCAAAAAUAAAACUCCAAAAAUCAAGAUUACAACACCUGGAAAAUGCUUCAGCCUUUUUCAAAAACAAAGAUACAUCUACUAUAACUAAGGCUCAACUACAAACAAGACUUGAAGUUUUGGAAGCAGACUGGAAAAAGUUUGACAAAGAUCACGAAAGGAUCUGUGAGUCAAAGACCGAAUUGCUAGAAAAUCUCGACUAUCUAAAUGAAGACCACUACAGCCGCGGAAAAGAAGCUUACCUCAUCAACAAAUCGGAAAUGCUGGACCUCCUUGACUUAGUCUCAACGUCAUCUCUCCAAAAUGCAAGUAUUACAGAAAUUAGUAUAUCCAAAUCUUUUCUUAGACCAAAAUUGCCUCAAAUAUCUUUGCCACAGUUUGCAGGAGAUUAUCAAUCCUGGAAACCGUUUAGCGAUCUUUUCGAUUCUUUAGUAAUUUCUAAUCCUGACUUAACUGAUGUAACAAGAUUACAUUACCUCAAAAAUAGCUUGGUAGGCGAGGCUGCUCAGUUGAUAUCUAGUUUUCAAAUCACUGAGGAAAACUUUAUUCCAGCUUGGGAAAAACUAGUAGCUAGAUUUGAAAACAAACGGGUCUUGAUUAACAAACAUCUAGAUGACAUUUUCAAUAUCCAACCUUUAAAACAAAAAUCUGCCAAAGGUCUUAAUCAUCUGAUCUCAACUGUAAAUGAGAGUUUGGGCUCACUUAAAUCUCUUGGCUCGCCGAUCGAUCAAUGGGAUCACAUCUUAGUAUAUCUGACUGUUCAUCGUCUAGAUCCUGAUACACACGAGGCAUGGGAGCUUCACCAAGGCGUAUCGACGGAACCAUCAUCGCUGCAAGACCUACAGACCUUCAUCGAGGGACGUGUACGGGCUUUGGAAAACAUCAAAGCCAGGGAAGUGUCUCACUCGAGUGGAAUGGUAAAUCUACCAAAACAUCAAGGUAAUCCUCAGCAUUAUCCAAACAUCAACACAGCUUUGGUAGCUGAAUCUAAACGAAAAUAUGUAUGUAAACUGUGUAGUAAUGCUCAUUACAUAGCAUAUUGCAAAGAGUUCCAUACUAAAACACCAGAUCAAAGGAAAGACUUCUUAUCAAGUAACAGGUUAUGUUUCAACUGUCUUGGCCCUCACUUGCUCAAAGAAUGCCGAUCUCAAAAAUCAUGUGUGAAAUGUGGUAAUCGCCACCAUACAUUGAUUCAUGACGUUGUCAGUAAACCUUUUGAUACAUCUAGUCAAAUCAAAUCCACUUAUCAAACACCAAAUCCACUAAAUACGGAAAGAAAAUCAUCAAACACACCACAAGUUUCCUCAAAUCACUCUCUUCCCACUGUAAAUCGACACACAGUUCUUUUAGCUACUGCUCAAGUUGGAGUAAUCAGCCCGAAAGGUAACAACAUUGUAUGUAGAGCUCUAAUAGACCAAGGCUCCGAAAUUUCCUUUAUCAGCGAGCAUCUAGUGCAGACUCUUCAUAUUGAACGCUCCUCAUCCUCACUCUCUCUUAUCGGUAUCGGAGGAAAUCAAUCAUCAACUACUCGUGGAUUAGUGUCCAUUAACAUUGGGAGUACAUCUAACGACAAAGUCAUCUGUCCGUUAACAGCACAUAUUCUACCAAAACUCACGGCUAACUUACCUACUAUGACACCAGGUAAAUCUAACUGGCAUCAUAUCAAGGAGCUUCAACUAGCUGAUCAAGAUUUCAUGACCCCUGGAUCUGUAGAUUUGAUACUUGGAGCUGAUGUUUAUGGAAGUAUCAUUCUUCCUGGACUUAUCAAGGGUCCGCCUCUAUCUCCUAUCGCUCAAUCAACCAUCUUUGGUUGGGUGUUAUCUGGGCCGUGUGGACUUUUCAUCAAUGACAAUAAAUCAUCAAUGUAUCAUUGCCUACUGGAGAACAAAGUAGAUGAUUUACUUCAGAAGUUUUGGGAACAGGAGGAUUUUGCUAAAGAUCCAGUUCAGGUUUUAUCUCCUGAAAAUCAAACGUGUGCAGAACACUUGCAAUCAACACACUCUAGGACUGAUAGAGGAAGACAUGAUGUUAAACCCUCACUAAAGAAGUCUGCCACAAAUCCGGAAUAUGACAAACUCAUCUGCGUGGAAACAUUGAAGACCAAUAGCAAAAUUCUGCUCUCUUCCUGCCACAGAAUAAAAUUGCCCAGUUCCCUGUUGCAAUUUGGGGGGGAGUAUGUUAGAAGUUCUCUCUGA